AUGGAUUUGGAAACCGGCGAAGUACAAAUGUCUGUCUGCGAGGAAACAGGCGAGAUGCCCGCCAGCCCGCGUCUCAACUCCGAAACUGGUGAGCCGGAAAUGAACUUUACGCAACCCACAGCGCGCCGUUCCUUCCGAAUACCUCAAGGCUACAUCCGCCAACCAUGCGAACAAGCAGACCAUCAGCAGUGCCACCUUCCUGCUGAUGACUUUCGCAACACCCGCAUGAGUUCAGUCAUUCUCUUCCUCCUGCCGACUGUGAUCUUCGCGCCUGUCGUCGCCAUCUUCCUCGGUGUGCUUGAGAUCAGUCUGCACAUCUGGGCGCACAAGAAAAACAAAAGUCUACGCGGUUCGGAUAUUUUCUACCAGAGUCCGCUGCACGUUAUUGUCAGCGAAUUCUGCGCUUGCUGCAUCGAUGAAAACAGUAAGAAAAAGAUUACUAAAAUGCAGGAUAAGACGAACAACAAGCUCACAAAGUACCACUACGGUUUUAGGAUAGUUACAUAGGUUUAGUUUAAAGUUUGGUAUUAUUAUGGGUCGAGUGUGCGUUUGUGUUUUAAUGGCCGCCGGCAACACCGAAAAAAUGUAAGACAUUGACUGAUUGUUAUUAAAUGCGAGAUUUAAACAAAA